AUGAUUAUAAACAGGUAUUUAAUUAUGGUUUUAGUAGUUUUCCUUGGAGUAUUUUUUAGCUUAACAGAAAAACUAACAUGUUCAGUAGUAAUGAAACUUUUUGGAAUUAUAAAAAGACAAAAAGAAAAGUUUAAGCCUUAUGAAGAAAGAACUCCAAAAAUUUCGAAACAGUCAGAGCUUUCUGAAUUUGAAAAAAGGCAACUUUAUUGGUACUACAAAGACUUUAUUGGUAGAAGAGAAGUUAACAAAAUAUGGAAAGAUGAGCAUAAAGGUAAAUACGAAAGUAAUGAUGUUACAGAUGAGGAGAUUUUCUCAGGUAAAUCAUUUAUUCCUAUCAGAAAUGGAUUUUCGAGACUUGGAAAGCAAAUUCCGAACAACUUGAAAAAUGUGACUCCAGCUGUAUUCAAUACUCAACUUGGAGGUGGAAUGAUUGAGAAGUCAAAUGUAAUAUUUUACAGAGGAGAUAAUAUGCUUAAUUUAGAUAGCUUUGGAAAUCUUAAAAGAGAAGAUAAAAACGUAAAUAAGACUAAAAUAGAUACUGAGGUAGGUAUUAAAUCUUUUAAAAAUAGAAAAACUUUACAAGGAGGAAACUAUAUAUUUGAAAAUAAGUAUGUCUGGGCCUCAAUAGUUUCACCUUGUGACGGAGAAUUGCAGUUUGAUAUGGAACUCGAAGAGAGUUUAAACUUUCGAGAAAAUAGAUCUCUUUAUAUUAUCUAUUGUAUAAACGGAAGUGUUAGGGAGAGAUAUAGUCGAUUUAAAGGCAGAGUUAUAGAGUUUUUGAAUGGAAGGCUCAACUCUGAGAAUUUGAGCAGGAAUUCAAAAUUAGAUUUAAACCAGAAAUUCUCAGUUAGAAAGGGAGAAAUAAUCCUUAGGAUCUUAGAAAACUAUUACCCACCCAUAUUUGAAAGUGACUUAAUUGCUAUUCCUAUAUUCAUGCCUUGUAAUGGAAGAGUGGCAUGGGGAAAGGAACAUAGAAAAGUUUUUGUAAAAGGAGAACAAAUUAUUGAAUUCAUAUGCAUAGAAAAUGACAAAAUAAUUGCCAAACAUUUAGUUUCACCAUCUAGAGGAUAUACAGAAUCACUUCAACAACACAAAUCAGGUGAAAAAACUCAGAGUCUUCUUGAUCAAAGCUUUAAUUCGUCCUUGAUUCAAACAGGAGAUCCAUUAGGUGUUAUGUGGCUUGAACUUAACACAAUUGCUCUAGCUGGAAAUAGAUUUUCAGGUUUACUAAAAGAGACCCUAAUUAGGAUGCCGUGUAAUGGGAGACUUGAGUAUCCUAUUUCAGAAAGCAGUUUUGUACUUAAAAAUGAGAUUUUAUACAUAGUAAUUUGUAAUGACAAUAAGGAGGUUAUUAUGGAGCAGAGCCCAAUACAAGGAGUAGCCCAAUUGCUUGUUUUAGACAAUAUUGAUUUAAUAAAAAAAAAUGUCUAUUUUCUGAGAUUAGAUCCACUUGAUAUUUCAGAAAUGCCUCCUUUAAAUAGGAACCCAAAGAUUGCUAAACAUAAAUUUGACCUAAGCUUAAUAAAAGAAGCAGACCCAAUGUCUCCAUUAUACAUUGAAAGAAUUGAGAUACCAGAAGAAAUUUAG